AUGUCGUGGCGUCCAUCGUUAUCCUUCUCAAAGUUUCGUAAUGUCUUUGGGAAGCCGGCCACCAAAGAGCACAGUUACGACGGAGUCCCGAUCACGUGGAGCGUCCAUGACAACCACUACUGCUCGGCCAAUCCCUGCUUCAUCGCCGUGGUGACGGAGUGCGCUGGGGGCGGCUCGUUUGUAGUCCUGCCAAUCUAUCAUACGGGCAGGGUGGACCCUCUGCACCCGCGGGUGUGCGGCCACAGCGGCAGAGUCCUGGACGUGAAGUGGAACCCGUUUGACGACUACUGCAUCGCCUCCUGCUCGGAGGACUGCACCGUGAAGGUGUGGGAUGUUCCGGUCUUUGGCGUCCGACAGAACCUGGUCAAGGCCAGUAAGACUCUGCUCGCUCACUCCAGGAGGGUGGCCGUUAUCGAGUGGCAUCCGACCGCGAAGAACCUGCUGCUUAGCGCCGCGUACGACUACAAGGUUCUGCUCUGGGACGUGUCCCAGGCCGGUUCGGUGAUCAGACACCCGGUCCGGGUGGUCCUGACGCCCAUCCAUCACCGCCACCCGUCCGAGGCGCUGCUGCUGUCGGCCAGCUUCAACACGGACGGCAGCAGGCUGGUGGUCGCCUCCAAAGACAGACGGGUUCGGGUCCUGGAUCCGCGGACAGGGAAGAUUUUCCAGGUGUCCAGUAAUAAGUCUCACAGGGCCAGCAAGGUUUUGUACAUCGGAGGGUUGAAGAUGCUGCUUUCCACCGGCAGCUCGCCCUGGAACCAGAGGCAGAUCGUCCUCUGGGACCCUGACGACUUAUCUGAGCCUCUGCAUGAAGAAGAUCUGGACGGUUCUGCAGGGGUUCUCUUCCCUUUCUACGACCCAGACACACACAUGCUCUAUCUGGCUGGAAAGGGUGACGGGAACAUCCGCUGCUACGAGCUGAGCUCUGAGAAACCCUUCAUCAGCUUCCUGACGGAGUACCGGUCCCCGCUGCCGCAGAAAGGACUCGGAGUGAUGCCAAAGCGUGGACUGGACGUGUCCAUUUGUGAAGUGUUCAGGUUUUAUCGCCUGAUUCUCAUCAAAGACCUGGUGGAGCCGCUGUCCAUGAUCGUACCGCGGAAAAAGACGGGGGUUUUCCAGGAGGAUCUGUACCCGAUGACAGCAGGAAACCAGGCGGCCGUGACGACCCGGGACUGGCUGCUGGGGGUCGACAGAGGUCCGGUGCUGAUGUCAAUGAAGCCUGAGGUUCGGGUAGAAAACCCUUACCCAGAAGCCCCGGCGGCGCGCGGGCAGGUCAGGGUUCUGAGCUCCGCCCGGUUCCAGACGGGUUCGGGUCCUGGUUUUGGUUCUGGUGCCGUAACGGACCAUCAUCAGGACCUCGUGGAGCUGGCUUUCCUCCGGGAGCAGCUCGACUACCAGGACGCCAAAUACCCCGGAGACCCGAGCGACCUGUCGGGGUGGCAGCCGGACGAGACGCAGACGCCCCUGUGGACGCACCGCUGCACCGCCCCACGCCGCCCACAGCCGGACGAGACGCCGCCGCCGACCACGGACCACGGGCUCCUGCAGGCGUUUUACAGACAACAGGACGAGAUCAGAGGCUUGAGGGAAGAGCUGAGUCACAAAGACGUGACGAUUGCUCAGCUGGAGCUGGAGAUAAAGAUCAACAGGAAAAACACCAGAGAGACCUUUUAACUCAGCUGCUGCUCUCCGGUCACGGCCCCGGAGAUGGAUCCAUCCAUCAAUAAAAGUUUUGAGAUUUUGAG